GCUCUGCUGCUGCUGGGGCUGCUGGCGUCCCUGAGCCUCUUCGUCGCGCGCUCCCGCUCCCGGCGAGGUGGCCAAAGUGGAGGCCUGAGCGCACUGGGGGGUGGGGGUGAGGGCGGCCAAGGGGUCCCAGCUGGGGCGGCCCUGCUCUGACACGGCGGCCGGCCGUGGCGUUGCCCCGACCCAGGUCCUGGGAUGACGACAGGAAAUGGUUCGAGAUCUGGGAUGAGGACACUGUGGGGACUUUUUCAAACUUGGGCUUGGAGGACGACCAAACAGUCAAGGAAGAACACUUCCAGGUGGCCUUGGAGACUGUGGACACCAAUGUGAGGGUGAGGGGGGGCAAAGAAAGGAUGCUUCCAGUCCUUAUCCAGCUCCUGGUCUCUCCCUGUGACUAUCUGUCAGGACCUUGUGAAAAUGGGGGUGUCUGGAAUGGCAGAGAGUACCUCUGCCCUGAAGGCCUCCAUGGCCCUUUCUGCCAGUGGCAAAGGUCCAUCCUCAUGAGAGGGUCAUCUGCAACCACCCUUACCAACUAUGGAUACACAUCGACUUCCAAUAACUCCGCUACCCCUUCAGCCACAUCCACUUCUAUGGAAUCCAAUGUCACCACAGCUGGUUCAAUGUCAUCAAAUUCUACAGUCUCAUUUUAUACUACAAGUUCUUCUAAUUCUUUGAGCCCCAGUGGAUUUUCUACCACAACUUUGAACACUGGUAACAGCAUGAAAACUUACACUGAAUUGACUUCUGUCUUCACAACCAGUCUUGAGUUGUCCAAAUCAACUGUUUCCUCUGGGACCUCCUCUACCUGGGAAGAUAGUGCUGCAUUCACUUCAAGCACUGGUCAUCUAUCUACCACUCCUACUGUCUCAGCUCAGACAGAUUCAGACCUCACAGAAGGACUGACUGUGUAUACAGGCACCCCUGAUUUGUCCAAGCUUACAGUUACCUCAGACAGCACCGUUAGCAAAGGGGAUGGAAUGUCCAGGUUCAACGUAGGGCCUAUGGAAUCUUUUACAUCAGGGACUGCUGACUCCUUUUCUACCCAUGUUGAUAGUGGACUAGCAACCCCAUCCUUUGCUGCAAGGUCCACUUUCUACAUUGCCCCCUCCGAGUUGUCCACACCAAAGUUUCUCACCCACUCUUCCCACAGCACAGAUGAUGCAAGUCCUGCCUCCACAUCCAGCCCCGGUGAGCUCUCUAUCCCCACUCUAGGUGCUGGCCAAGGGGACUCAACUCUCACAGGGGAGACCACCAUCCCCAGCACUGUGCCAGCUUCAUCUGAGCCCCAAGCAUCAUCCCCGGUUUCCCAUGCCCCAGGCACUGGGAGUUCUGUGGCUCCAUGGAGCCCUGGGGAAGCAUCCCCCAGCCCAGCUGUCUCAGGAACACCUGCCACUGGUGUCAUCCUGAAACUCACAGACCACACUAUUAUCUCUGAUUCUUCUGCACCCACAGACACAUCUGUAACCACCUUUACCAAUGAGGAUGGGAGUCCUGCGUCCACCUCAAGGCCCAGUGACACCAUGUCCACCUCUAGCAGUUUUGGCCAAACCACCACGUCCUUUCCGGUGGCAUCCACAGUCUCCACGAACCUCUCUGAUUCAUCAGAUCCAACAUUUUCACCUGACACUUCCCAUACUACUGACAGGGCAAGUCCUUCAUCCCCUCUGGGUCCAGGUCAAACACCUACCAGCCCUGUGGUAUCUGGACAAACAGCCACCUCGACUUUCAGGAAGGAGACGACUGGCCACUCACAGAUUUCAGAUCUAUCAAGACCCUCGGCUUCUGCUGAAACAUCCUACACCAAGGCUGAAGGAGGGGCCACGUCCACUUCAAAUCCUGGCCAGCAGUCUUCCUCCUCUGUGAUCUCGGGACAGACAGCCACAGGCCUGACCGAGGGGCCCUCUGUCAAGACAGAUACAGCCAGUGGGUCCAAACCUACCAGUACCUCAGACGGCACAGUGACCAAGGACGAUGGAAAUUCUGUUUCCCUUUCGGGGCCUGCUGAAUCAUUUACCACUCCCAGUGGUGAUCCUCACACAGCCACAUCUUUUCCUCCAGGAUCGCCUUCCAACACCCCCACCUCAGAGGUGUCUGCCCCAACGUUUUCGCCUUACUCCUCCUACAGCACAGAUGAUGCAAGUCCUGCUUCCCAGUCAGGCCCUAGUGGUGUAUCGACCACCACUGUGGUCUCUGAACAAUCAGCCAUGACCGUCACAGGGAUGCCAACUGUCCACACCACUUCCGAUUCACCUGAGUCCCUGGUUUCUUCCGACAGCUCCAGAACCCCAGGCCCUGGCAGUUCUGAAGCUCCAUCGAGGCCAGGAGACUUCUCUACCAGCCCAGUUGGUUCGGGACCAACUGUGACCACAGUCACCCAGAAAUCCACAGACCACAGCAUCAUCUCUGAUUCUCCUCAACCUCUGGACUCAUUGGCAUCCCCUUAUACCAAGGGUGAUGGAAGUCCCGUGUCUACAGCAAGUCCCACUGAAUCUUUAGCCACCUCUCCAGGUUCGGGACCAUCAGCCUCACUCAGUGCUAUGGAGUCUACAUUCUCCUCAAGCGUCUCAGAGUCACCUGAAUACACAGUGUCUUCCUAUACUACAGGCUCUCCAACUCCCUCUCCCCAGGAUGGAUUUUCCACCACUUCCCUGACCACUGGACACAGUGCUACAGCUUCUACUGGGUUGCCCUCUGUCUUCCCAAGUGUGUCUGAUUUGUCCCAAGCCACCAUUGCUUCUGAAACCUCCUAUACGGCGGAUGACAGAAGUGCGGUGCCCUCUUCAAGUCCUGGCCAGCUGUCUACCACACUCUCUGUCUCAGCACAGACAUCCUCAGGCCUCGUGGAGGGAUCCAGUGCUUAUCCAGGUACCCCUCACUCAUCAAAACCUACAGUUAUCUCAGUCAGCACCAUUAGCAGAGGGGUUGGAGUUCCUGCUUCCACAUCAGGGACUGCUGACUCCUUUUCUACCCAUGCUGAUGGCGGACAAGCAACCCCAUUCCUUGGUGCAGGGUCCACUUUCUACACUGCCCCCUCCAAGCUGUCCACACCAGUGUUUCCCACCCACUCCUCCCACAGCACAGAUGAUGCAAGUCCUGCCUCCACAUCCAGCCCCAGUGAGCUCUCUAUCCCCACUCUGGGUCCUGGCCAAGCAGACUCAACUCUCAAAGGGGAGACAACCAUUUUUGGCACUGUGCCAACUUCAUCUGAGCCCCCAGCAUCAUCCCCAGUUUCCCAUGCCCCAGGCACUGGGAGUUCUGGGUCUUCGUGGAGCCCAGGGGAGGCAUCCCCCAGCCCAGCUGUCUCAGGAAUAACUUCCAGUACAGUCCCCUUCAAGCCCACUGAGUACAGUAUCCUGCCUGGUUUUUCUCAACCCACAGGCUCAUCUGCAACCACCUUUACCAAAGAGGAUAGAAGUUCUGUGUCCACAUCAAGGUCUAUUGAACCUUUUACCACUUCUGUUGGUGAUGACCAAAAAACUUUUCCUCCUGGAUCCACCUUGAAUACAAUAAUCUCACCGGUGCCUACAGCUACAUCUUCGUUCCACUCUUCCUACAGCACAGACAAGACUAGUCCUGGUUUUCCAUCAAGCCCUAGUGAGCUCACUCACCCAAGUCUAUUGUCUGAAGUAACCACACUGACUGUCACAGAGGAGUCAAUUGUGUAUACCAGUGUUUCUGAUUUGUCCAUAUCUACUGUUUACUCUGAAUCUUCUUUUACCCAAUUUGAAGGAAGUUCUGCAUCCUCUUCAGGUUCUGGCCACCUUUCUACCACCACAGGUAUCUCACAACAUACAUCCUUAAGUCUAAGUGAUGGGUCUAUUGUCUAUACAGGCACUCCUGACUUGUCCAUACCUACAGUGAUUUUGGACACGACUCUUUCCAAAGAGAGCACAAGUUCUGCUUCUACUUCAAGUUCAGGUGGAACUUUUCCCUCUACAUGUGGAUAUCAAGAAACACCCACAUCCUUUACCGUGGAAUCAACUGUCUCCACAAUCCUCUCAGAUUCAUCAAAUCCAACAGUUCCACAUGAUACCUUCUAUACUACUCAUAAUGCAAGUCCUUCUUCCUCAUCUGGUCCUGGUGAAUUAAUUUCCACUACUCUGGUCUCUGGGCAAACAAGCGCAUCCCUUCCUGAAGCAUCCACUGUCCCCACAACCAUAUCUGAUUUGUCUCAUUCCACUGAUUCAGUGGUUACCUCCUCCACCACUGUCAAGCAAAGUUUUAUUUCCUCACGAAGCUCUGCUGAAUCAUCCUCUACCACCUCAGUCUCUGGACAAACAGCCACAAUUUUCAUGGGAAAGCCAACUGUCUACACCAUUUCUGAUUUAUCUGGUUCUACAGUUUCUGUUGAUACCUCCUCUACCAUCCCUAUUGGGGGUCCUGCACCCUCAUCAAGUUCUAGCUUGUUGCCUUCCACUACCAUCACAACCAUCACUGAGGAAUCCAGUGUCUUCACCACUACCACUUAUUCCUCCAAAACAACUGAUUCAUCUGAUGCCCCCCAAACCACUGAAGAUCUUAGUCCAUUAUCUUCAUCAAGCCCCAUCCAUUCCUCUUCACCCCCUGCCACCUCUGGACAAAUGCCCACCACCUUGGAUGAGAAUUCUACUUUCUUCAUCACCAAUAGUGUUUCUGCCAAACCAAUGAUUUCUACUUCUAUCCCCUCUGCCACGGACAGCCCUAGUCCUGCAUCGCCAUCAGCUCUAACUUUCUCCUCUACAACUAGACUUAUAUCCAGACCAACAGCUACCACCUUCAGUGGAGGAUCUACUAUCUUUCAAAGCAGCGCAGGGAUACCAAAUGCAACAAUAUCAUCUAACAGCUCCCAAACCCUAGUCCCUGGUGCUUCUUCUUCAGCUUCACCUAUCCCUGGCUUCUCCUCCAGGCCAGUCCCUGACUCUUCUUCAGCCCUUACAACUUCUUCUGGUUUUUCUCCUCCUCUGUCCUCCACUCCACCUGGCUCUACCCAUGCUCCAGUCCCUGGGUUCACUACCUCUUCAACCCUCCAUCCCCUGUUCACUAGCACACACACAACUGUGAGGACGACCCAGUCUUCAGCUAUGACACCAAGGCAGUGUCAGAAUGGGACCAUAUGGAACGGAGAAGAGUGUGUCUGUGUCCAAGGCUUCUUUGGUUACCAGUGCAAGUCCCUUAUGGACUCCUUCCUCCUAGAAAUCCCGGAAAAAGUCAAUGCCACUUUAGGUGUGACAGUGAAAGUGACUAAUAGGAAUUUCACAAAAGCCCUGAAUAACAUAUCCUCCCCGGUAUACUGGAACUUCAUUCAACUAUUCGAGAGUCAGAUGGAUAAAGCUUACAUGAGCAAAGACUUUCCCCAGUACAGAGGCGUGAUCAUUAGGAGACUGUUGAAUGGCAGUGUUGUGGUGGAACAUGAUGUCGUUAUGGAGGCAAACUACACUUCAGAUUACCAGAAACUGUUUGAGAACCUCACUAAAAUCAUAAAGGUCAAGAUUAUGAAUGAGACCAAAAGGCUAUCUGGUGAUUCUGAAGUGUGCAGAGCAGCCUCCUCACCUCUGUGUUACGAUGAGGAAGCCACUAUUGUGAGCAAGACUGUGAAGCUGGGCUUUGACCUGCAGGAGCAAUGCACUCAGAAGGCCGCGAAGGACUAUGCCCAGUUCUACUAUGUGGAUGAACUGGAUGGGAAGCUGGCCUGUGUGACCAAGUGCACCUCGGGGACAAAGUUGCAACUGAACUGUCAUGAGGGUGAAUGUCAGCUGCAACGAAGAGGUCCCCACUGCCUAUGCCCGACCUCGGACACACACUGGUACUGGGGAGAGACUUGUGCCUUGAGCACCAGCAAGAGCCUGGUGUACGGAAGUGUGGGAGCUGUGGGAGCAGUGCUGGUGGUCACGGUGGUGGUCCUCACCAUCUUCCUCUGCCGAUCCCAGAGAAAACUGCACAGGGAAGAAUACAGCUUGUCUCAAGAGUGGCACGGAGAAGAUGUUCCUGGCAGCUUCCAGAACAUAGGCAUCUGGGGCGGUACUUCUCACUGGGAGCAAGCUGGUGGGUCAAGAAAGGCCGAGAAAAUGCUAUGGCCAGACUCAGUGUGGCCGUGGGUGCUAGCUGGCUUUGUGUGUGCUGUGGAUGCCAGGCUCUGCCGGCUUCUCUGUGGCCUCCUGACCCCGAGCCCCCACGCAGCCCCUGCCAAGCCUCGUCUUUUCUCGGCUCCUCUCUAUCACUCCCGUCUGCACGUGGCCCACACUCACCGUUUCCCUCUUCCAUGCCAGACUGUACCACUGUCUGGAAGGUUCCCCUUGCUGGGGGCUCUGCCUGUCCCAAUCCUGCUCUGUUUCCAAGAUCUGGUUCAAAUACUCCCCCUCCUUAGAGCCUCCCGUGUGUUCGGGCUCUUCUGAUUCCCACCUGGCGUGGAAAACCUCCAUGUCACAUCUGCUCUGAUCUCUCACUGAACGGAGAUGAACGAUCUCUGUCCCCCACCAUCCCUGCGCUGGGGCAGGUUCUGCCUUACCAGUUCCUCCUGGCAAACACCAUGGAGGGGCUACAGGCAUGGCUGAGAGCCGGAUCCUGCCCCCAGAGAGCGGCCCCUGUGAGAGCAUCAGAUGCACACACCGUUAGUGGGAGGACAGAACCAUGCCCUGGGCUCCAGGGGCAUAGAAGGUUGCCCGAACCAGCCAGGGUGGGCUGGGAUCAGAAAAGCCUGCAGAGGGGGACAUCACCUGAGCCUGUCUGCAGGCUGGGGCAGUGCUGCGAGCUGGUGAGUAAGCCGUGUGCUUCCUGCUUCCAGAGACACAGGUCCCAGUGAGGUCAUGGAGGUCUCUGUGGGCUGUGAUGGGGAGGGGGACCCACCGGAGGGGCUUUAAGAGAGGGAGGCCAGACAUGCAUUUUGAGCAGCUCACUCAGGUGGACUUGAGGGGGACCUCAAGUGGGGAGACCAAGGAGAAGCCUCUGCAGUCAUGCAGGGGAAGGAGGAUGAGGCUGAGUAGGGGUAGUAAGGAUGGGAGGAGUGGACAGACCCCAGGGAGCUGGGCGGGGCUUGUCCCUCACAGGCUGGGGAAGGGAGAAGGU